AGUCUCCUUGUCCUCUGCUGUCACCCUCCUGGUGUCACCGUCCCGGCGUCACUCUCCCGGCGCAGAGCAGCAGGUCUUAGGAUGGCCAGUCCGGACCCCUACCUGUGCCAGCCCUGGCUCACAGUGCACGGCAUCCCCAUGGUCAAUGCCUUCGCCCACAACUGGGAACGGGUUGACACCUUCCAGAGCCGCCCUGAGGACAUUGUGAUGGUUGCCUACCCCAAAUCUGGCACCACCUGGGUCAGUGAGAUUGUGGACAUGAUCCUGCAAGGCGGAGAUCCUGAGAAGUGUAAGCGCGACAUUAUCAGCAGGAGAGUGCCCAUGCUGGAGUUCUCUGCCCCCGGGAAGUUGGCAGCAGGAACAGAACUGCUGGCCACCAUGCCCUCACCCCGUGUGGUGAAGACUCACCUACCGGUACAUAUCCUGCCUAAAUCCUUCUGGGAAAACCGCUGCAAGAUGAUCUAUGUGGGGCGCAACGCCAAGGACGUGGCUGUCUCCUACUACCACUUUGACUUGAUGAACAAGCUGCUGCCGCACCCCGGGACGUGGGCCCAGUACCUGGAGGAGUUCAUGGCUGGCAGAGUGGCGUAUGGUUCCUGGUACAACCAUGUCAAGGGCUACUGGGAGCGCAGGAAGGAUCACCCCAUUCUCUACCUCUUCUAUGAGGACUUGAAGGAGGACCUCCGCCGGGAGAUUGCCAAGGUGGCCCAGUUCCUGGGGCAGACGCUGUCGGAGGCGGCGCUGGACACCAUCACCCGACACACGUCCUUCGAGACCAUGCGGGACAACCCUGCCACCAACUACAGCAAGGUACCCUCUGACCUCAUGGACCACAGCGUGUCCCCAUUCAUGCGCAAAGGCACCACUGGAGACUGGAAGAACUACUUCACUGUGGCCCAGAACGAGCGCUUUGACCAGGACUACGCACAGAAGAUGUCAGGCACCGACCUGUGCUUCCGCACUGAGAUCUGAGGAGACACUGCUGGACACUCCCCCAAACCCACCCUGUGCUGUGAUGGCACUGCUGCCGUUCCUUCCUCUCCCCUGGGACAGCU